AAAUGACACCAUGCAUUUUUCCUCUUCAAAAAGUGAAAGAUAUCAACAAAACAUCUAGUGGUGUUCUUGAGAAAUGGCCUAUGAGAUUAAAUGCUUUACCACCAAGAAUAAAAAAUGAGAAUGAUAAUGGUUUCACACUUAAAGUAUAUAAUGAAGAUAAUAAGAUAUGGAAAAAGAGAGUAUCUUAUUAUAGUGUCAUGCUCAAAUCACUAUCUUAUGGUGGAUAUAGAAAUGUUAUGGAUAUGAAUGCUGGAUUUGGUAGAUUUGCAGCUGCAAUGAGGAAAUAUCAAGUUUGGGUUAUGAAUGUUGUUCCCUUUGAUGCAAAAAGCAACAAUCUUGGUAUUAUCUAUGAAAGAGGACUUAUUGGAACUUACAUGGAUUGGUGUGACAUUACUGAUAUUAUUCUUGAGAUGCAUCGAAUUCUUCGUCGUGAAGGAACUGUUAUUAUUAGAGAUUUCAAAGAUAUAAUUCUAAAAGUAAAAGAAAUAACAGAUAGAAUGAUAUGGGAAGGAGGAACACUUGUCAAAGAUGAUGAUCAUAAUGGAUCAUCUCAAGAAAUGAUUAUGAUUUUCAAUAAUACCAACUAGUAAUUGAUUAAUUUGUUAGCUUUGGAUAGUUAACUUUUUCUUAAUCUUUGUUUUAGUGGAUUAUUAAACUUCAAAUAUGUAUGGUUAAAAUUCAAUUAAUUACAAAUUAGAAAUUUUGGGAAUAAGUGAUGUUUGCAUAGUUUUAAUUUGCAAAGCACAUAUCAAGAUGAGAUGCAAUAGAUACUUUUAUUUGAAAUUCCAAGACUUUGGGCAAUCUAAUGUUAAGUGGUCUUAAAUUUCUAAUGGACUUUUUUUUAUGGGGAGAUAUAUUUUUGUGUUGU